AUGCUUUCCCUCUCCAGAUCACUCAGGUCGUCCCAGGCUCCCCUCAGGUCCUUCGCCAGGUCCACUCCCCUCCUCGCCAACAAGCGAUUCAACUCUGGCAAGGUCUCUGGCCCCGUCAUUGGUAUCGAUCUUGGUACAACCAACUCUUGUGUCUCUAUCUUUGAAGGUGGUGCCCCCAAGGUCCUUGAGAACGCUGAAGGUGCCCGAACAACACCCUCUGUUGUCGCUUUCACCAAGGACGGUGAGCGACUUGUGGGUCAACCCGCCAGGCGACAGGCUGUUGUGAACGGUGAAAACACCAUCUUUGCCUCCAAGCGAUUGAUCGGUCGAAAGUUCAAGGACGCCGAGGUGCAAAAUGACAUUGCCAACGUUCCCUUCAAGAUCGUUGCCCACACCAACGGUGAUGCCUGGGUUGAGGCUCGAGGAGAAAAGUACUCUCCUUCCCAGAUCGGUGCUUUCGUCGUCAACAAGAUGAAGGACACUGCUUCUGCCUACCUCGGCAAGCCCGUCAAGCACGCCGUUAUCACCGUCCCCGCCUACUUUAACGACUCUCAGCGACAGGCUACCAAGGACGCUGGUUCCAUCGCCGGUCUUGAGGUCCUCCGAGUCAUCAACGAGCCUACUGCUGCCGCCCUUGCCUACGGUCUCGACAAGAACGACUCUGCCGUCAUUGCCGUCUACGACUUGGGAGGUGGCACCUUCGAUAUCUCCAUCCUCGAGAUGCAGAAGGGUGUCUUUGAGGUCAAGUCUACCAACGGUGACACUCACCUCGGUGGUGAAGACUUUGACAUUGCCAUCGUCAACUACAUCUUGGCCGAGUUCAAGAAGGAGACUGGUAUCGAUGUCUCUAGCGACCGAAUGGCCAUCCAGCGAAUCAGGGAGGCCGCCGAGAAGGCCAAGUGUGAAUUGUCUUCUGCCGGUUCCACCGACGUCUCCCUCCCCUACAUCACCGCCACCGCCGAGGGCCCCCAGCACAUCAACCUCAACAUCACCCGAGCCAAGCUCGAGACUAUCGUUAAGCCUCUCGUUGACCGAACUGUCGACCCUUGUAAGAAGGCCCUCAGUGACGCCGGUGUUAAGGCUUCCGAGAUCAACGAUGUCAUCCUUGUUGGUGGUAUGAGCCGAAUGCCCAAGGUCGUCGAGACUGUCAAGUCUGUCUUUGGCCGAGAGCCCAGCAAGGGUGUUAACCCCGACGAGGCCGUCUCCAUCGGUGCUUCUAUCCAGGCUGGUGUCCUUGCCGGUAACGUUACCGACAUUCUCCUCCUCGAUGUUACCCCUCUCUCUCUCGGUAUCGAGACCCUCGGUGGUGUCUUUACCCGUCUGAUCAACCGAAACACCACUAUCCCCACCAAGAAGUCCCAGACUUUCUCUACCGCUGCCGACGGCCAGACCGCCAUCCAGGUCAAGGUCUACCAGGGUGAGCGAGAGUUGGUCCGAGACAACAAGUUGCUCGGUGACUUCCAGCUCACUGGUCUCCCUCCCGCGCCCAAGGGUGUCCCCCAGAUCACCAUCAUCUUUGACAUUGACGCCGAUGGUAUCGUCAACGUCUCUGCCAUGGACAAGGCUACCAACCGAGAGCAGUCUAUGACCAUCGCUUCCUCUUCUGGUCUUUCCGACAACGAGAUCGAGCAGAUGGUUGCCGACUCUGAGAAGCACGCCGAGGCUGACAAGGCCCGACGACUCGUCAUCGAGGAGGCCAACAAGGGCGAGAGCUUUGUCGUUGACACUGAAAAGUCUAUGGCCGAGUUUGAGUCUCAGCUCGACAAUGCCGAGAGGGAGAAGGUCAAGAAGCUCCUCGGCGAGCUUAGAGAGAUCGCUGCCAAGGGUGCCGCCGGUGACGCUACCGUCAAGGCCGACGACAUCCGACAGGCCCUUGACGCCGCCCAGCAGGCUUCUCUCGGUCUUUUCCAGAAGGUCUACGAGAAGCGAAACGCUGAGGGUGCCAACCAGAACACCGAGUCUUCCGAGUCCUCCGAGUCUACCGAGGGCGAGAAGAAGCAAUAA